AUGGGAGAAACCGAAUCUAAAUCCGCGAAUGGUGCAGUUCACGCCACUACCACGUCGGACUCGUCGACCGUCGCUGCCGGUCAGGACGACCAGCCUCCUAUAGCGGAACCCCCCGACCUAGCUAUAGAGAAGCCAAUUCUUCCCCAUACGCUCUCUGCUCACCGUGUCGCCCAGGACCUCAAGUCCGACGUUGACCAUGGUUUGAGCAGCGAGGAGGCUGCCUCCCGACUUGCUCGGGAUGGCCCUAAUUCCAUCAAAGGCGCCAAGGGUAUCUCCCUCUAUGAGAUCUUUAUCCAGCAGGUUGCCAAUGCCUUGACUGUCGUCCUCAUCGCCGUGACCGCUCUGUCCUUUGCUAUCUCGGACUACAUUGAGGGUGCCGUCGUGGCCGCCGUCAUUGUACUCAACAUCGUUGUCGGAUUGAUCCAGGAUUACCGCGCUGAGCAGACCAUCCAGUCGCUCUACGCCCUUUCCACUCCCAAGUGUAAGGUCAUCCGCGAUGGCCAGAGUGAAACCGUCAAGGCUGAAACUCUUGUCAAGGGUGACAUUGUCUCCCUGGCCACUGGCGAUGUUGUUCCUGCCGAUUUGCGUCUGGUCCAAGGCAUCAACGUGUCUACUGAUGAGGCACUUCUUACCGGUGAAUCGAUCGCCAUCAGCAAGAAGCCUGAGGUCAUCUUUACCGACCCUGAUAUGCCCAUGGGAGACCGUAUCAACCUGGCCUAUUCCGGAAGCUCAGUCACUCGUGGUCGAGCCACUGGUAUUGUUAUCGCUACCGGUAUGGAGACUGAGGUCGGCCAAAUCGCCGAACUCUUGCGCAAGAACAAGAACGAUGAUACCCAGAGGAGCGGUAUAAACCGCCUCGCGUGGAAGUUCUACCAGUUCAGCCGCAGAAUCCUUGGUCUCGAAGGCACCCCCCUUCAGGUCACUCUUAGCAAGUUUGCCCUGCUGCUAUUCGCCUUUGCCAUUCUUCUCGCUAUCAUCGUCUUUUCCGUCAGUCUCUGGAAGAUUACCGAUGAGGUUCUUCUUUACGGAAUCUGCGUUGGUGUCGCCGUUAUUCCCGAGUCCCUCCUUGCCGUCUUGACUGUAACCAUGGCUGUUGCUACCAAGGCAAUGGUUCGCGGUAAUGUUAUUGUUCGACAGAUGCCUUCUCUCGAGGCCGUUGGUGGUGUCACCAACAUCUGCUCCGACAAGACCGGUACACUGACUCAAGGACGCAUGAUCACCCGAAAGGUCUGGCUCCGUGGCGAUCUCCAAGGUACCGUUGAAGGUACCGCCAACCCCCAUGACCCUUACAGUGGUACUGUCAAGUGGUCCGCUGAUCUGGCUGGAAGCUGUUUGAACACCUUCCUCAAGGUUCUUACUCUCUGCAAUAAUUCUACCGUCAGCGAUGGCAAGAAGGAGCCCGAGACAGAUUCCAGCAGCAUCAUUACAUCCGAGGAUACCGAAUGGAAGGCCAUUGGUGAGCCGACCGAAAUUGCCCUCAAGGUUUUCGCCAUGAGAUUCGGCCGCAACACCUCUGGGGGUGACAUCCUGGUGGCUGAGCAUCCUUUCGAUUCCUCCUGCAAGCUCAUGAGUGUCGUCUACGGCAACGAAAUCGAGCAAACCCGACACGUCUAUACCAAGGGUGCUGUCGAGAUUCUUCUCACUAAACUUACCGAAACCGAAGAAUUCAAGAAGGAAAUUCUUCUCAAGGCAGAGGAACUCGCUAGCCAAGGUCUGCGAGUGCUUUGCAUUGCCACCAAGCCUAUGAAUGGCGAUGUCCAGGACUGUCAUGAUCGCGCCAAGGUCGAAAACGACCUCCAAUUCGUCGGUCUUGCUGGUCUCUAUGAUCCUCCCCGCCCUGAAACUGCUGGCGCCGUUGCUCAAUGCCGUGCCGCCGGUGUUACUGUCCACAUGGUUACUGGUGAUCACAUUAAGACUGCUACUGCCAUUGCCUACGAAGUUGGCAUCCUCAACAAAGAUAUUCGUCUCAAGUCCAACACCGUCAUGGCAGCCGCCGACUUUGGCGCUCUCAGCGACGCUCAGAUUGAUGCUUUGGAUGAACUCCCUGUUGUUCUCGCUCGUUGCAGUCCCCUCACCAAGGUCCGCAUGAUUGAGGCUCUUCAUCGCCGCAAGGCUUUCUGUAUCAUGACUGGUGACGGUGUCAACGAUUCCCCAGCCCUCAAGCAGGCUGAUGUCGGUAUCGCCAUGGGAGACCGUGGUAGCGAUGUCGCCAAGGAGGCCGCUGACAUGGUUUUGACUGAUGACAACUUUGCAUCUAUCGUUACCGGUAUCCAAGAAGGUCGACGACUUGCCGACAAUAUCCAAAAGUUCCUGCUGCAUCUUCUCACUUCCAAUCUGGCUCAGGUUGUCCUGUUGCUUAUUGGUCUUGCUUUCAAGGACGUCAACGGAACCGCAGUCUUUCCCCUUUCUCCUCUUGAGAUUCUUUGGGCCAACCUUGUCACCUCAUCACCUCUGGCUCUGGGCCUCGGUUUAGAGGAGGCUUCUCCUGAUAUCCUUCGCCGACCUCCUCGCAGCUUGCGCAGUGGUGUCUUUACCUUUGACCUUGUCCGCGACCAGCUCGUUUAUGGAUUCUGCUCAGGCUCUCUUUGUCUGGCCGCUUUCAUGAUUGUCAACUACGCUUCAUCUGGUCAAGGUUACUACAACAUGGUCCCUCACUGUAAUGAGAGCGGAACCGAGGGAUGCGAUCUUGUUUACCGUGCGCGUGCUACAACUUUUUCCACCUUGGCCUUUUUGUUGUUGGUCACUGCCUGGGAGGUCAAGCACUUCCACCGUAGUCUGUUCAACAUGGACGAGCGUGCUUCAGGCCCUUUCUCCGUGUUCAAGACCAUCUACCACAACAAGUUCCUCUUCUGGUCCGUUGUUGCUGGUUUCGUCAUGAUCUUCCCCAUCGUGUACAUCCCCUACCUCAACACUGAGGUCUUCAAGCACAAGGGUCUCACUUGGGAGUGGGGAGUUGUCGCUGGCUGCGUGAUCGUCUACGUUGCUCUUAUCGAGACUUGGAAGGCCAUGAAGAGACGGUUUAGCUGGGGUAUUGAAGUCCACCCUAUUACUGGCCAGGUCGACGUUUGA